UUCUCAGUGCAGUGUGAGCGCUUCUCUCAGGUCGUUGAUCCGGGAUGGAGUGAUCGUCGUCUGCGGGCGGGCGGGACGGCGAGCGGAUCGAGGCCACAGUGGAUCGUACCGAGCGCGGGGAGACCCGCUGAUCUUCCCCCCUCCUCCUCCUCCUUUUCCUCCUGCUCGUCGUGCUCCUGUAUGCGGCAGCACCGAGCGGUCCCGGGCACCGGCAGCUCCAGCUCCACCGACACCAGCGACUCCAAUGCCACUCCGACUGAGCCGGGAGACUGCAGCAGCGCGUCCCAGCAGCCGCGGGGAAUGGACAGAGCUGAACUGGAGUUUGUUCAGAUAAUAAUCAUAAUCGUGGUGAUGACGGUAAUGGUGGUCGUGAUCAUCUGUCUACUCAACCACUACAGACUGUCGGCCCUGUUUAGCCGCCACCGCCGGGGAGGAGCCCUGCAGCCGGACGGGUGUUCGUGGCCAGCGGACAGUCUGGUGACACAGAGAGGAACCACAGAGGUCAUGUUCGGGUCGCGGACGUUCGCCCCGCCCUCGUUUUUCCAAAGGGAGCGGUCGAGCCGCUUCCAGCCCACGUACCCACAACUACAGACGCAAAUCGAGCUCCCUCCCACAAUCUGCCUGUCGGAUGGAGAGGAGCCGCCGCCCUAUAAGGGGCCCUGCACUCUGGCCCUCAGGAGCCCCGAGCAGCAGCUGGAACUGAGCCGCGCCUCUGUGCGAGCUCCGCCCAACCGCACCAUAUUCGACAGCGACAUCAUAGACGUUUACGGGCCCAAGCCGCCCAGCACGCAUUCGGGCAAGAGCGCCUCGUACGCCCGGCUACAAGGACAAGGGCCGCCUCCUACUUACAGCGAAGUGAUUGGUCGGCCCUACCCGAACUCCGCCCCCUCCACCUCUUUCUUGCACCAGCACAGCAAUAACACGCCGCCGUCCAAUCAGAGGAAGACGACGGACGCACCGCGAGAUAAACCGAGCUGAUUGGCUGGCCGGCACAAACGCGCAGGCACUGUGCUCCCGGAACUGUGUUUAUAAACAUGCGAAAGGGGCGCGCGGCUUUCCUCCGAGCACUCACGCCCUUGCACAAUUUAUAAUCCAGAACGAUCGAGGAACCAAGCUUAUACGAAUAUUUUUUGUAUAUUUUUUAUUUGUUUUUGCUAGAACUUGUGGCCUCGUGGAUGUUUCGCUUGCUGGCUGUUUUGUUCGUUUCUUUUCGCCUUCUUGAUCUAAAAUAAUUCGGCAUUUUUGCAGAUCGGCGCAAGUUUUUGGAUUUGGUUUUUUUUUUGUACAUUCGUGCACAAAAACUUUCGUAACCAAUCAAAACCCUCGAGUGCCAAGAUGUGCGUGUGACUACGCUUCACGUCCAAUGCAGAAAAAUAUAAACGUUGCACUAACUUAUUGCUUAAAGAUCAGAACUUUUUUAUCCUCAAUGGUAUUUUUUUGUACUUUAUUUGAUCGUAUUCUAGUAUUACAUUUAGUUUUUGCGUUUUUAUUCAGUGAAAAUGCCGAAUCCUGGUCCAGCCUAGAAAUUCCACGACUGACCUACGAGAUAGCACUUAAAAAUAAAAGAGGUGUUUAAAAAAAACUCCCACAGGCCGAAUGACGAGCGCUGGUGCAGACGGACGACGUUUUUCUGACGUUUGUUUUUCAUCGUGUCAGAACAGCACUUUAAACUUCUCUCGCUUCAGCUCUGUCAUGGCGGUCCGAAUGCAAGGGAAUCAUGGGAAAUGUAGUCUUAUGCACAUCCGCAGUUAAUGCAUGUGUCUUAUUUGUCGAACCUUAAUUCGUUUCGCUGUGGGACUCAGUAUUUAUUCCAUUUUUUUACUUAUGAUUGCAUGGCGAAAAUAAUUCUCUUUCCUCUCGUUCACUCUCAGUUUUUGAGUCGCGCUCUGACAAACGUUAACGUAAAGAUACGUUUAGUAUUUAAUAACACAGUGAGUUUCUAGUUUAUAUACCUGGCAAAAACAUUUCCCUUUAUUAAUACCACUGUUUUAGCUACAUACGAUCCCGUGAACAAAACCAGAUGAUCAUUUUCUAGCUUGCUAACCAGCCAACUUGUUAAUGCUUGCUUGGUUUUUGGACUUAUGUUUAUCUUCCUUAUCUACUAUUAAACAUACAAUGUACAAAUUAUAAUCCCCAUUUUCUGUUACAUUUAAAAUAAGCACAUAGCGGAACUUAGCCAGCUUGCUAGCGUGCUGUUUACCUCACUUGCUAAUCAGUCAGCUUGAAUUAUAUCUAAGAAAUUUCAGCGUACUUGGUCACACUUAAAAUACAAAGUCAGACACGUUUUUUAUUUAUUAAUCCUUUUUAUUGCUAACAUUUGGAGAGUAAGAAGAUUCAUAUAAUUUAAUCGACUAGCUAUCAGGUUACAAGCGCGCUAUCCAGUGUGCAUGCUAACAACGAAUCCUUAAACCAUUUUUCCUCACUUGGUAUUCUGCUAGUCGCCAAACCGUUUAGCUUUUCUUAGCUUCUUUAUCCCUGUUUUCUGGUACACUGUUACAGAUAAGCUAGCCUACUGCAGUUCUAAUAGGCUGGUCUGCUAAUAUUUUAGCCGUAUUUUACCUCCUUUCUCCAACUUAAAGUAAUCUUAUAAAAGCGAGGGUUUAAAUGUUCGGUCGCUUGUUGUUGUUUUAUUGUUCGCCGCUUGUUUGCCACAAAGUGAUAACUUGCUAGCAUUCUAACUUGGCGGGAUUGAUAACUAGCAAGCUAAAUUAGGUAAUCACAUUCAGUCAGCUGGAGUAUUCCAUUUUAUUUGUUAGCAAUUGAGCUGUCGGUAAUGUAACGAUCAUUUAAUGAACUUUGUUCGAACUUAAACGAUUAGUUAGUGAUUUAAAAAAGGGAAAGUGAACUUUGAUGUGUUAAAAACCGGGUUGGAUCACAUUCGCCAUUAGAUUAGCGAUUUGUUUGUAUUAUUCUUUUUGUAUUGUGCUAAUGCUAGAGCUAAUGCUAACGCUGCUCCUGACAGCUUCUUUCACACCCGUGUUCGUUCUUUUGUGAAUUUGUUUAUGUUCGUUCUGCUUCUUUUUAAAUGUUUAGUGUUUUUAGCAGAGGAACGAACACCUCGAGUAUCUUUGUUCGUUCGUUUUUAGUUCUUUUUAAGCCAUUUUUGCAUGUCAAUCGAGCAGAUUCGGUGCCUAAAAGUCGUGUUAAAGAACUAUAGGAGCCCCGUCACUUUGCACUCCUGUCCCCGCGUCCCCACCUUCGUUGUGCCUCACUUUUCCUACGGUGCUUUUUUCACUAGUCCCACUUUGUUUAUUCGUACUGUGCUGUAUAUAUCGACAUAACUUGAAAAUAUUAUGCACAUAUUUUUACCCAAUGGGUAGAAAAGAUACCACAAGAGAAAGAACAAAUGUUAAUAGUGUAAUAUAAUGUAAAGCGCAUAUCCAGAGGAGAGGAACUGAACACGCCGGCUUCAGGAUUUUGUGAAUCCCCUCUUCUCCACUUGUGCUUUCUGUCUUUUGUAUGAAAAUAUAAAUAAUGCUACAGUAUGGUCAUAUACGUUACAAAAAAAAAACUUCUUAUAUUUUUUCCUAUACGAUAAAAACCGUUGAAUCUGCUAUGUGAUGAUUAUUACACAGGAGAAUCUGCUGCUGCCGCCGCUGCUGCUGCUUUUAUAACUUCCAGAGACGUUCUUAUCAUUAUUAAUGCCAGCGCUUGCCAUUUAUUUAUUUGACUUUUUUAUUUAGUGAAUUAGAUGUUGGAAUAAUCACGCUAAAAAAAAACCACAACAACCAUCAGACAGAAAAACUGUAUCAUAUUUCACCGAACCGACACGAAUGCAGACUAAACAAUAAAGGUUUUGGAUCAUUCA